GGCACUCCAGCCCUGGCCCAAACCCUCUCCGGUUUCCCGAGCCCGACACUUCAGGACGCCAUGCCCUGGAGACGGAGGCCGCGAUUCAGGCCUCCGGUGAGCACCGGCGCUCGGCCGCUCCCGCGAUCCUGUCAGCGGCCAGCGGGCCUCACGGUCCCGGUAGGACUGGCGCGGCGACCCUCCGAGCCGGCGCCGACAGACGCUCAGGCGGCGAAUCCGUCAGGUGCUGACCGGCCGGGCCAGGCCAGCUGCCAGAUGGAAGCAGGGGCGGCACUUACCCGGCAGCGCCUCCUCCGCCCGCGGCAGCAACACAGCCGGCGGCCCCCCGCACCAUCUUCUGCCGCCGCCCUGGCCUCGGCGGCGGCUACCAACCGCCCCUGCGGCGCCGCCAACCGACACAACUGUCGGCGCCCGGCCGCCGAGUACCCGGCGAGGCCCGGAGAUCCGGCGGGAUGGGAGUCGAGCGCAGCCGGUGCUCCGGCCCCUCGGCUCCGCGCGCGGCGCCGAGGCACUGGGAGCUUGGCAGGGCUGGGUCGCUGCCGCCGUGGGGUUUGUUAUUGUCGACUCGGCCUUUCCGCCGCAGAGCACGCCGGGAAACAGCCAGCCGGGGGAGGGGCGACCCAGGCGUCUGCGCAGAUCCGGAAGUCGCUGGGCUGCCGGGACGGGCGCGGCGCGGCCGGCGAGUGUCGUCCCCAACUGGCAACUUGUUUGUCCUUCCCUGACCCUGGAAGGCAUUUCGGUGCUCGCCGUGGACCGCCCCAAGGUGAGCGCGACCUUCUGGCCGCGGCAGACCGACCCCGCCAAACCUGGAGCAGCCCCAACAGGGGAACCGGAGGCUGAAGAGUGAGCACCAGCUCAGAUCCGGGGACCUCGUCCGCUGCCCCGAGCUCAACCGACUGUCACCUGGGCCACUCGUGCCGCGACCGCCGGAAUGGCAGGUUACUCGGAAAGUAUGCCUGGCAUCUUUGCAAAGGUGGGGCGGCACAAAGUCAGACCAGGUAAGUAAAGAGCACCUCCAGAAGAGAAGAACCGAAGCAAAGAGUACUGGACUGUAAGCGCCAAGACCGUCGAUAAGAGUUCAACAGCAUCAAGAUUAGAGAAGAGAAUGUCAGCUUGGGAGAAUAUUCCAUCUGUAUUCGGGCUUAGGCAAGGACUGGAAGCUACAAAACUUGAUGAUGGGAGUUUGAUGAGCAGAUGUUACAUGCAGACUAAUCAAUUAUGUGACAUAAACACGUAUUAAAUUACUAUUUCCAGGAAUAUCUGUAGAGGUAAAAGUUUAGGAAUGGUCUCUCUCUCUAAGCCGACAGUGUGUGGUUCUCGACAAAGUGAGACAUAAGGAGUAUUAAACUGAUUGAGAUCUGCAGUUCUUUAUUGUGAUAUACACUGGAAAAACAUUAGCUGCGUUUCAGAGUUGUUUGGAGAGGAACGUGUUGUUUAUCUCACUUUGUUUUUAACUUUGCACUUCUGUCAUAUCCCAGAAAAAAAAAUCUUUUCUUCACA